AAGAGCAUUAAAAGCGGUUGUGCGAUCGAUUCCAUGAGUUAAUCUGGUUGUAAUCUAAAUCGGAAUUAUCGCAAACCGGUUUCACGCCGAAACUCGCGUUUUUCCUCCUUUUCUGUUUAAUCGUUCCACUAUUUUAUUUGCUUCAAUUUUUUUGUAUUUAAAACUGAAAAUGGUAAAACGUAUAAUGCUUACUACUGUCCUCUCUGUUGAGGGGAGAAACAUGUCGGUUUUUCUUGAUCGAUAGCUUUGAAUAUUGCACCGCCACGUCAUGGGCGGUGAAUAAUUAAUGCCCCUUGCAGGAUGUUCAGGUCGCUGGGGUACGUAGAUAUCCGAUUUGAAAAACGUAUCGUUCCCCAAACAUCGGUAUAAGCAUUCUGUAAUAUUCAUAGUCUUCUUAUCAUAAUUUUGUAUUUAAGAUUUUGUUUGAUAAAUGAGAACAAACUGAUUAACGAAUGAACGUUCGAUGGUAUGUUGCAGCUUAUGGUUCAGGACCCUCAAAUAGCGGAAUCGAAGAGUGCGGUACCCCGGCCGAGGCUAGCCGUUCGAUCAUAACUCGCUUUCCAGUUCAGCGUGAUCGAAAGGCCUCCAAAACGUCGACCCCGUCGGUGAUCAAGUUAUCGGGGGGUGGAACAGGUGGGGGUGGGGAACAAUUGUCCCCAGGGCCUGGCCCACCUCCCCCGGUGUCCCCGGCCGAGCGUAAUACCGAUGCGAACGAGAACGAUGCCGCACCGAUUGCGAAAUGCGUGGAAAACUAUCCGCAGACCGCGGAGACCACCAUGAGCUUCGUUUUGCAGCUGGGCACGGUGGAAACGCCUCUGGAAAAGAAGAGCGGCAACCCUUCGACCCUGAGCCAAGAGCCGUCGAACGCGGUGAUGAUCGCGGAGACGGAGGAACCCGGGAAAUCUCAGAUCCUUCAAUGUUUAGACAGCAACGCGGAGCUUCCAGCCAGCCAUGUUAUCUCGUUUUCCACUGUGAAGUCGGUCAGCGUCACGUAUCCGGUGGCGAAGGCCGUCAGGGAGGUUCAGAGGAUCAGCGGGCCACAAACGAACACCACUCAGGUGUUGACGACGCGGGUCAUCUCGCAGAAAUUGCCGUCGUCCGGUCACCACCAGAUUCAACAGGGUCCGUUAAUGGCGGCGUCGAACCUUGCCCAUGUGCCGGUGAACGCACAGUCCUUACCAUCGCCCGGGAGCGGAAUGGCACACGUGUACCCUUUACAGCAUGUGGUGUCCACGCAGAGUAAGCAACCGGCCAAGAACCAGGUAGUCACGUCCGAAGGGAAACAGCAGCAGCUGCAGCAGACGAACACGGUGUCCGCGUUGCCUCUUAAGGUUCAGCCGGUGUCAUCGCAGCUGAUGGUGAGCAGCAGCGCGGUGAGAGCCAUCAACACCGCGGCGACGUUACCGAACAUUCAAAGGAUACACGUGAAGGCGCAGAAUCUCGUGGGCCAAGCGCAGACGAUGAAUUUGCAGAAAGUGAAGGCUGUGACCAGCGUGAACCAGGGGGUCACCGUUCAGAGGAACUCUGUGCCCAGGAUACAGACCGUGCAGAAGGGUCAGGUGUCGGGCGGCACCGCUCAAACCACUCAGUUUGCUGUCAAUCAGGUCGCGAACAACGCGAAUACGCACAGGGCUCAGCAACAGGGGAAUCCGCAGAAAUCUCAAGCGAACGCCGCGGGAACGCAGAAGGUAGCGGGACAGGUUUACAAUAACCAAAAGGUACCGUCGUCGCAGACAUUGGGUAGCCAUCCGAAUCACAAAGCGCAGCUCCAACAGAUACCGGGUAAUCAACAGCAGGGGUUGCAGAAGUUACAGGUACAGCCGCAGAAGACGGUGACAGUGCCGAGGCAGCAGUCGGCCGCGGCGCCGGUGAACAACGUUCAGAAGACUAGCAGUUCUGUAGCAGGCAUACAGAAGAUGCAGGUGGUUCAGUGUCAGCAGCAAUCGUCGCAAGUGCAGAAGCACGUGCAGCAAGUCCAGCCGUCUCAGCUUCCGAGACCGCAGUCCACGGCAGUCCUACAGAGAUCACAGUCCGUCGCUACGGUUAAUUCCACCAGAGCACAAUCAAUCGCGAACGCGUGCAAGAGCAACAGCGUACCCAAUAUCCCGAAAACUCCGCAGAACGCGAACCUGCUGGGAGUGAACAAGCAGCAAGUAAUUUCGCAGCCACAACAGUCGCAGCAGGUACAAAACUCGACACAGAUGCAACAACAGCAAUUGUUGCAGCAAACCCCGCAGCAGCAACAGAUGGUGCAGAAGCAACAGCAAACGAACGCGAAUAAUCCGCAGAGGAGUCACAGUAUUACAAACGUCCACCAAAAGGUCGCGUCGAUUACGACGAUGCCUAACAAUCAGCGAACGCAGGUAGCUAACUCGAAGAUACAGCAGCAGCAGCAACAGCAACAGCAAAUGGUAAUGAGAGUCGGGGUGCCAAAGAAUCAAACGCAGAAUUUACAGCAACAGCAGGGUAACUUGAAGAGCGGGCCGCAGAAGAUGAACGCCGUGAAGACUCCGAACUCGCAGGCUCCCGUGCAGCAGUCGUUGCACAGGAACGCGAACCCGCAGCCAGUGAAGAUAAUUCAACAGCAGCAGAACGCGAUCGGGCCACAGAACGCGCAGAAACAGCCGGGAUGUAUAAAAACGAUACCGCCGCAGAAACCGGCCCAGAGAAACCACGCGCAGAAGGUUCAGGGCAUCAAGACGUCCCUCAACACGAACGUGACCGCUGCGAAGGGUCAAGGGCCGACGAGCGGAGUCCCGCAGAAGCCGAGUAUCAAGACGCUGUUGCCUCAGCAGAGCGUCGCGCCGAAUAUGAUGAUGCACAAGAGUCAACCGAUUAAAAUACAACAGCAAGCGAUGCAGCAAAAGCAGAUGGUGUCUACGCCGCAGUUCCCGCAGCAAGUAAGGCAACAGACCGGGCAAGUGAAAACUUUGUUACCGGUAACGAGCACGGAGCCACGCAAGGAUGCCGAGAAUAAAAGCGAGCCGGAGUCGCGCGAAUCCAAGGAGGACGAGCGUCAACAACGUCCGACGUCUCCGAUCAUAAGAAUCCCUCCUCCUUACGAGUGUCUUCAGUACGUCCUACAGGAUCACAAUUAUGGGGCACCGCCGCCGCGAACGCCGUCACCCGCUUCACCGCCGGCCCAUCCGAAGCAGCCGGUCAACGGUGCCGGAAGCUCGACUGCGACCUCUCAGCAUCCUUACAUUUAUGGGAAAGUUGUUGCCGGUGCCAACGUUGAUGAUGAUGCAACCAGCGCUAUCAGCAGCGAGACCGGGAGAGACGUCGAGCUGGAGGGCGAGGAGACCGAGACUGCCCCCGAGGGAGAAGGAGACGACGAAGACAGCGUCACCAGAUGCAUAUGUGAUUUUGAACACGACGAUGGGUACAUGAUCUGCUGCGAUCGCUGUUUGGUGUGGCAGCACGUUGACUGCAUGGGUAUAGACCGUUCGAACAUUCCUGACGAGUAUCUCUGUGAGAUCUGUCGUCCGCGGCGCGUGGACAGACAAAGGGCGCGCGCGUUACAAAUGCGUAAACGCGAGGAGUUGUUAAACUCGGACACGUCGUCCGACACGUCGUCGACCAGUUCGGCGGACACCGACGUCGGUGUGAACGCGAUCCCAAAGAAACGUACCUUGCAGCAGCAGGUUCCGCGACGAAAGUCCGAACCGCCGCAAGUAAGACGAUUGAACAACAAUAACAACAAUAAUAAUAACAACGUCGCGAAAAGGCAGAGGAGAGACUCGCACGCGAGACAGUCGAGCGCCGUACGAAAGAAAGAGGUCGUGAAACGGGGCCCGGGUAAACGCAAAGCGAAACGAAGAAUGAGUCUGGAGGACAAGGAAGAGGAGAGCCAAGACGCGUGGAGCUCGAACGUGGCGCCGCUCAGACAGUGGAUAGAACGGUACGAGGAAGCGGUCACGAAUCACUAUAGUCCUGAAUUGAGAGCGAGGAUUUCGUCGAUUAAAGUGAACGGUACGCACAGCGAUCUAAGACAGAGCAACAUGAGCGUGAUCGCCACCGGAAAGUGCAGGCUCAACGUGCAUAGUAACAACGUUAGGUUUCUGGUGGCAACGAUGCAUCUCCCGCCGAACACGCCCGUGGUGGAGCUACGAGGGAAAUACAUGUUAAGCACGCAGCACAGGCCGUCGUAUCCCCAAGGAAGGCAGCAUACUCAAAGGCCUGGACCUUUCGUGUUCUUUUAUCGGUUACCACGGGACGGGACAGAGGUGUGCGUGGAUACCAGAACGUACGGAAACGAUGCCAGAUUCGUACGACGUAGUUGUAAGCCUAACGCGGAAGUGAAACACUGUAUAGAGAAAGGGACGUUACAUUUGUAUAUCGUUACCACCACCGCGAUUGAGAAGAACGCAGAAAUCACGAUCAGACACGAGCAACACGACCUGUUGCUGUCGCCUAAUCCGAACGGUCCAAUGAUGCCCAUCGUCUGCGCAUGUAACAAUCCGCGAGAGUGUCAGAUAGUGUCGUUGAACCAGUUGAACAGAAGAGGAAGCAACGGGGCGUUAGCCGAGAACGCGGACGGUCGUGAACGGAGACGGAGGGGUAGACGAAACACGAUCUGCGAGGAUAGUGAUUCUUCGACCGCGGUUCCGAGCAAUACCGUCGUCGCGCAACCAACACCGCCGCCGACGACGGUGGCCUCGGUACCAGCACCACCGAGGAGGACGGUAACGACUACUGUGGCGAACCCGGUGCGUCAGGUACCUAAAGAGGAACCACCUCCAGUAGUACAGCCUCCGCAAAUUUCUCCGAAUUCAGCGCAGCCAGCUCCGCCGGAGAAAGAAAAGAAAGACAAGAAGAAAAUGACUCGAGAGGAGAGAAAAAUGGAGGCUAUCAUGAAAGCUUUCGAGAGGCUUGAAAAAGCGGAGCAGAGGAAGCAAGAGGUUCAAGCGAGGAACGCGCAAAGGAAGGAGUCCGGUGGUACUCACAGUGAUAACGAAGAUGCUCACAGCGUCACGAUGCAGCCCAAACAGAAACAGCAAAAUUCGGAGAGACCGUUGAGACGGAAAAGACGAAAAGGGAGAGCGAGGACCACCAGCAGUUCUCAGUCAGGCAGUAGUCGAAGAACGAGGCUGAACUCCGCGGAUUCCGACGAAUCGUCGGGAGAAGAGAGCAACUCCUUGCAAUCACCCCCUCUGUCGAACCAGAAUCACUCUCAGAAUCGAGAUGCUCCUUACUCUUCCCAUUUCCACACACCUUCCAAGAACGCAGGCGAGACCGUAGCUCCGCCUGGUCAUCAAGGAAUUCCAACGGCUGCUGGUUUGUUAUUAGCCCUGGCGAAUUCGAACGCGCCCGGACCCAGUUCACCGCCCUUGCAACAACCCACUCCAGUCAAAAGUCCAACCUGCGACAGCGGAGCGAGUAGCAGUUCUCAGAGUUCCACUCCGUCGACUCCGCUGUCUUCAGCUUGUCUAUUGGUCGCAGCAGCGGUCGGUCCUCUAGCUCCUGGCUUCAAGUUUCCCAAGACGAAAAAAGUCCUGAUGAACGAGUGGUUAAAGGAGUCACCGGACCCACCGCAAAAUAGCGUAUCCCAGGUGUCGCCGUUACCUGCGCUACCGUCAGUGCCAUCAUCGAAUUCGAUAAACCCUCUCACCAGACCGUCAGACUUUUCUUUACCAACUGAUUCGUCCGCGGAGUUCUUGAGCCAGAGUUACGCGGCCAAGGGUUUGGCGACCCUUGUACAAGCUGCUAAUUCCGUCUCGGGAAUAUGCGAUUCGCCGCCUCAACGUGCGAAACAAGCCACCGCCGGAAACAACACUGUAUGUCCAGUCUCUACGGGCUCUGCUAAGAAGAGGUGGUUACGGCAAGCGAUCUCCGAGGAGUGCGACUCGCCGAACAGUCGUCCUGAGAGUCCACCACCUAGUGAGAUGGUAGCUCCACCGAAGAAGAGGAGAAUUGCUAGGGAAAGUCUGUCAUCGGACAAUUACACUCCGCCCACGACACCUACGAUGCUUGUUCCCGAAUCUGCCUCGAACGCUAGAUCCCUAAGUGCCACCGAGGAUGAUUUCAUCGAGCAGCUACAGUCGCCGUUGAUAGAGAACGACGAACAGCACAUAACGCCGGAGUCCAUGAAGCAUGAGGUCGAUGCGGACGACGCUGUUCGGCAGAAGCUUUCAAUAGACAUCCCUCAAGAUUUUCACAUGAAAACGGUAAAAUCCUUAGAGCAUAUGAUGGACACAUCCCUGGUCAAAAUGGAAAAUAUCGAUGUGAAGAAAGAAGAGGACGAUGACAUGGGCUGCGACAGCUACGAGCAUUUAGAAUCGAAAGCUUUCGUCAAAGACGAGUUAAGGUCCAUCAAGGACGAUAUGAUGGUUGAUCACAAGGAUAGGAAUAAAACCGAACUGUUUAUAAAAAGAGAGGAGAGCUUGAAGCCAGAGAAGGGAACGGUAGAAAUAGUCGACCAAAACGAUAUAGAGAUGGAAGGUUUGCAUUCGAUCCCUGUUAUGGAGUCGGACGCGAUUUUGAAGCAACGCGUGGCCGAGAUGAGGCUGGAGUUCGGUGGUAGUUUAAGCGAGAUGAUGAAAGUCGACGAAGACAAGUGCGAGGACGGAGACAAGUCGCCGGAAGAUAUGAAGUGCGAAGAUAAGUCGGAUGACAUGUCGAUCGAUGAGUUCGACGUCGAGGCUCAGAUGAUGAAGAUCACUGGCGACGAUGGGAACGAUUAUAAGGAGAAAGUAGACACUAGUUCGGAGAAGGACAAGAGCAUGGACGGUAUCGAAGGUUUGAUGGAGAGUUCGAAAGAGGAUUCUGAGUCCGACGACAAGGAAAUGGACGAGGAGGAAAAGUACGAGCCAUCGUUUAAGAAUUUCACUUUGAACCACGAGGAGAAGUUCUUCAAGGAAUUCGAUAGUAAACCUGAACCAGAAGUCGUGCUCGAGAACAACACUAAGGAGCCAGAACAGAACGAGGAGCUUCGGAAGAUCGAGCAGUGUGCAUUCGUACCAUCGUCAGAAGAAUCUAUAUUCGAGUCCGCAUCUUCGAACAUGGACACGGAGUCGAUUGUCGAACCGCCUAAGAUUUUUCAUUCCAUUCCACCGCUGAGCGAACGUAUUCGUAAGAAGACAGAAACGUCGAACGCCUCGAAGAGCCAGUUGAAUUUCGAGGCAGCUAUCAUCGAAUCCACCAUCGACAUGGACUCGGUCGACGGAUCCAAGAACGGUGAACAAAAAUCGAUGCUGUCGACGGCGUUGAGAGAACUGCUGGAAGCGAAAUUAGAUGAUCUGUCGACUGAUAGCGCGAAGGAAGAGCCGAGCGAAGAGAACAACGCGCCGUACGUUGAGCCGAAGUCUGUGACAUCAGAGCAAAAUCCAGAAGUACAAGAGACCGCGUUAAAGCCUGCGUUUCAACCGGUUCAAAAUGAAGAGGCGCCGGUGAAAGAGGAGGAACCUCCGCCUAAAGAAAUCAAACGACUGAAGGAUCCAAGGACCGUUGUUCCCAACAGUAUGCCAGCUCCUGCAUUUAAACCCGAGGCGAAUCCACCCGUGAAACGAAAGUUGUCGAUAUCAGAGUACCGUAAGCGUAAACAGCAAUCGUCCGGCACGCCUCCGGAACCCGAACCGUCGACCGACGCUUCGGCUACGGAUAAAGGAGCAGCGAGAGGUAGAUCGGACAGCGCGAGCAGCGGAACAUCGUCCCUAAGUUCCGACGAGGAAAGUUCGAAAGUCCCGCAAUCGCUCGAUAUACCGAAUCUCACCGCGUUGCCACUUUUCCCUAACGCGGAGAGCGACGAGAAGAAAGGUGGAGAGGAAGGGACGAUCGGAUGGUCCGCUGCUCCAACGCUAGUCGAACGUCAACGGGAGAAUCUCACGGAGAGAUUGAAACGAGAGUUCGGUUUAUUUCUCAGCGAUGACGAGGAAGAAAGAGCUCGCAAACACGGUCUAACGGCAGAGGCAAUACUGAAAGCGCGGAAGGCGUCUCCACCGAUUCCAACAAUGUCGAACACCCCGCCGGGCUACCCAUUGCUUCAGCUGCCUCCUCAGCCGUACAUACCGCCACCAGGAUCCGCGUCGAUUCACUAUCCGCAGUUCCAAGCAAAACCGUGCCCCGUUCAGUAUCCAAACUUCACUGUCCCACAGAACAGCACGCAACCGAUCUACGCGAACGUCUCGCCUGGUCAGGCGUCCGCGACCAAGCAGUCGCAGCAACAGUUCUUGGUGCCGCAAGCGUCCCAGGCGCCGCCGGGUUCGAAUCCGUAUCCACCGCAGUUUAUUCCGCCGACUACCACAGCAGUAUCGAUCCCGAAAUACUCGUCCGUGACACCGCCAUCCGGGAACCAGAUCUAUCCAGCAUCCGGCCAGCCGCAGAAGCAGUUUUACAAUCACCCGGCGCCGAGGUCUUAACCCACAUGAAAGGUAGAAUUAGCUGGGAAAAUUUUUAAUUAGACUCGAAACUCGGGGCUCGCACGAAUCGUGCGGCUGGUCGUUCAUUUCCAUUAGGAUUAAAGCUGUUAAGUUAUUAUCCCCGGCGUUGAACGGGGAGCAAAGAUAUCGAAUGGACUCACGAUCUCUUCCGCCUUAAGUCGUUCUAGCAGAAGGAUUCAAAGAGAAACAGGAGUAUUUAGAUUAUAAUUCGAACGACUGGCGGAGUGAAACGAGAGAACAGGAGAGAUACGUGAUAAUCCCAGGUGCUACUACUGUUCUCGCUUAUAUACGGAACGUUGCGCGUAGACUGCGAGGUAAGAGGCGCGAACAGAUAUUCGACGCUUCCGAUGGUUUCGGAUACGCACUCGAUGGAAUUCGCGUGGCCUAAAGUGAUAAUUUAAGUAUUUUCAAAACAAAAGGAAGAAGGAAGAAACGAAUGGAAACCUAAAGUAUUCUCCUGCAUCGUAGAUACCGAAAUCGCGUUUGAGGAAACAAUUGGCAUCUAAGCGUUACGGCCGAAAGUGUAUCGUACACUUUUUAUAUGGAUUAAAACGGUGCCCUAAGGAAAAAAGAGAAACGUUUAUACAUAGCGUUAGUCCAAUUUUGAUGAGACCGAUCAAAGUUGGAACGAUGAAUCCGGGCCGAAAAUCGUGAUAUGCAAUCGGUUCGGACACCUCCGACGAUUAUAUAUUACAUACGUAUACACACAUCUAGGUACACUAAAAUACAAAACUGCAAUCCCAGAUUUUUCUGUAAAUAUCAUUUGCAUAUACGCAUAAUAUAACGAUAUUAAAAUGUACAUUCGAUUAUUAGUCAAUGAGCCGGCGGAGAGACACAAAUGUAGUUGAGACACUGUGCUGUGAGUUGUGAUUUUCUUUUCUUUUACCAUUUUAUAGAGUGAACUAACAAAGAAGGAAAUGUCUUUUUUUUAAACAAUGCAAGAAUACUUGUGUAAAAUUUCAGCGGGACUACGAUCACCGCACAGUGACGAUUUUUAUGGACGAUUAAAAUCCAACGAUUUUUCAAUUCUAUCGCGAUGACGAUCGUCGAUUCCAUGAGAAGGACACAGGCCUGUUUAGGAUAGAAAUUGUAAGAUUCUAAACGUCGAGGCCCUAAAUCGAACAUUUCCCACGCGAUUCGAUUUCGUUGCUUCGUUGUACUUUCCGUUGAGUAAACUCGACACGUGUUUCGUAUUUAAAAAUCGUUUUUUUUUUUUUUUUGCGCUAAGUUUUUAAUUGCCACCGUUUGUCGUUUCAUUUUUUUCGUUCCCGAUCAUGGUCAACGGUACAAAAGAAAAAAACUUGUAAGUUGAUAUUAAGAAGCGUCUCCGUGAUGAAUAUUUUUUAUUUAACGAUCUGCGGAAGUUCUGAAACUGAACAUUCAUACCGAAGUACAAAGCUCUUUAAGAAGUGAUUUAGGAAGGAGAAUGUAUCAAACGAGAUAGAUGAGCGAGAGAGAACGUGCGGGAAAAGAGUGAGAGAGAAUAAAUUGCAAUAAGAAAAAGAAGAAAUUAGUAUGGCAGGAGAAUCGUAGGGCUAUUUUUUGUAAAACGAAAAAAGGAUGAGAUGAGAAAUUGAAUUAAAAAAAUACGUAGAUUGCUUAUAUUAUUUUGUUUCUUGUUUUCGAGGUUUGUAAAUUGUUUUAGUUGUUUUCAUUUCUUAUAUGAAUACCGAAUUGGAAAGAGGUAUCGAUGUUUCUUUUUAAACUAAUUUAUUUAUGUUGUAAAUUCUAUUUUUCUUUCCUUUCUUCUUUUUUCCAUAUCCGGUGAUCGAUGUGACCAUUUUUUUUUUUUUUUCCAUCUGUCGUUUCUGCUCCAAGAAUGUAGAACCGUACAUUUGCUUAAGAAUAAUUCGCCCAGUGUACACAUUGGUGUAAUUUAUUAUUAGUCAGCUGUACAAAGAUUUUAUAUCGAAAUUCUCACAUGUUUGUCGUGUGUGUACAUAUAUAUAUUAAAUGCGUUAAUUAAUUGCGGCGUUUCUUAUUCGGAGUUCCUCGUUGUAAUAUGUUUUGUAAUAACUAUUCGGCUUUUGUAUAUUUCGCAGAUUUUAAACUCGAGCUUACGCGUUCUCCAUCCGAGGAAAUAAACAAUACGUACCGCACUAAACGGUCACGUAUGUACACAACGAAGAGUUUAAAUUCUGCCGCGCGCGCGAAUCUGAAGGCCAUAAAUAUUUCUUAUUUCUCGUUCGGAUCAUCUUCCAUAUACAAGCCAGUGACAAACGAAUAAUUGUACAAGCAAUUAUGAAAAAUCAAACGUCAUAGAGAGAGAGAGAGAGAGAAAGAGAGAAAUGUAUUUUGAGAUAAUUCAAUGGAACUCUUCAAACUAGAGAUAAAGAAUGGGGAGAAGUAUUUUCUAGCUAGAAGAUGGUAAAUUAUAAAUCGAUUGGAUGAAAGAAAAAAGAUAUUAACGCGCAUCGACUUUACAUGUUUUUUUUUUUUUGGCUACAGCUUUCGCGACGAGUAGAAGCGAACGGGAAACUGAACAGA